AUGAGCGAGUUGAAAGAAGUCUUUGCUCAACAUGAUAAAAAUGGAGAUGGAACGAUUUCUGGUGAUGAUUUAGGACAAAUAUUGCGAGCUAUUGGUUAUCAUUUGACGAAAGUUGAACAAGAAGAAUUCCCUGAAAAAACAAUUGAUUUCUCGAAAUUUCUUCAUAUUAUGGCUCAAAAAGAGAACGAAUCAAAGAAAGGAACGCAUCUUCGACAGAUUUUUCGAAUACUCGACAAAGAUGAAAAUGGUUAUAUUGGUAAAGAAGAGCUCCGUCAAGUGAUGGCCGUUCAUGGAGAGGCGAUCGACGAUGUCGAUUCUUCGGCAAGAACAUCAAUGGACUUGUCAACGAUUUCAACGAUCCCAUUUGGGCAAUCUUUUUCCAUUUGGGAU